AUGUCCGAGUCUGCACAAAAGACCGAAGUUAUUCCAACUACUACAAAUUCUAACCCAGACCACUUAUCCACGCCGGAAAUCACUGUCGAAAUAGAAUUAAAAUCAGACGAGCAGAAACCAGAAACCGAAAUGGAAUCAACAGCAAAUCUUCUUUCUAGCGCUUCACCCUUCGCAGGAGUUGAAGGAGACAUCGAGUCCGCUUCUAUAGGGGGAACACGAGCCAAUUCAACUUUUAUUGACAACAAUCAGGAUAAACAAAAUAUUUGGCAAAAAUCUAGCCUUCCACCUGCUUUUUCGGACCGCAGCUCUACUGCAUUUGAUUUUUGGACGGUGAAGAAUGUUACUGGACGAUUAUUGGUUGGUUUGAGGUGGUGGAAUGAAAUUCAAGAAGACGGUUCAAAUGUGUGGAUGUUCGAAAGUAGAGAUCCUUCACGUCCAGUCAAUCAGACAGAUGCUCGCGUCUUUUGGAUCUCUUUAUAUGUGACAUUUGUAGCAUGGAUAAUUUGCGGGAUUUUGCUUGGAAUUUUCAAUGCAAAAUGGUUUUUGUUAAUUGUAGUGGCAUUAGUUUUGAAUUUUGCAAAUGUACUGGGCUACACGCAAUGUGAUAAGGAUGCAAAGAAAAAAUGGGCAACCGGAUUUGCUGCACGUGCAGCUACUGGAAACGCUGGUUUCGCUGGAAAAUUAUUCUCGGCUAGUCUCGGGAAAAUGUUUAAAUGA